CUCAUAGCUGUGGCUGGUGACGUUCCAUUCGUGUGCAUAGUUCGCGUUUCUCAUUAUUAAACUAUUAUUCGAUGUCUAGUGUUGUUAUCAUCACGAUCAUAUCAGAUCGGAGAAAUGGACGGAGAAUCAAACGCAUCACCAUGGAUUAAAAGGAUUCGAGAAUUGCUUUAAUAAAGCCCUGGGAAUCUGCUGACACGGCGUAGGAAUGCGACAAAAGCGGUAAUCGAGUAAGUGACGGAGAAAGGAGAAAGGAGGUGAGAGAAAAUCUUCGAAACGACGAAAAUCAUAAAGAAGAACAAAAUUGAUGAGUGGCAAAAAAGUGAAGGUCGGCUCACCUUAUUUCGAGGUGCACAUUGUUUAAUGGGGAUAGAGAGAUACAGUCAUUGAGAAUCUUGGCACAAUGCCGCGGUAUUUUUUUGGAGCAUAAAGUCCUUCUGUAAACUCAAGAAGAAUAAGAAGAAGAAGAAGAACAAGAAGAAGGCGAUGGUGUGGUGAGCAACGCACGGGGAAAUCUUUUCGAGAAGAAAGGAGAGGCGAGUAACAAGGUAAAACGUUGUUGCAACGACAACGACGACAACGAAAAGGACGAAAAGGAAGGAUCAAUCGAACGCGACUAUCGCGGCAGAAGGGAAAGGGAGAAUCUUCCACGUAAAAAGAAGAAAGACAAAGAGGCUGCUCGUGGCAAAGAAGCCGAAGAAACGGAAAGAUUCGAGAGAAAAGAUAAGCUGCGCCGAUCAAACCAAAUCGAACGAGGAGAAAGCUCUGAAAAGAGCUCUCAUCCUCUCCCUUCUCGUCCACUCUCUGUUCUAUCGAUCUCUGUCCCUUCGGUUCUAUCUCUGUUUACCGCGGUGCAUCUGUCUUCGUUCACCUCGCGCAUGCCCCGCCCCGACCAAUGGAGUGUCGAGGGGCCCGGUGAUGUCACUAUGCAGCGCAGUAGAAGGGCCUGAAGUAGUGGGGAACAGAAUCGUCCACCACCACGUCUCGGAGGCCGUGAGAGCCCCACGGGGGCCAGCAGCUAGCUGGAAUCAGCGGCAGCGGUCUGGCCGGCCGUUGGCCGGGUUGGUGGGGGCAGGAAGAGGGGCACCCUGGUGCCCAGGAGACCAGGGCGAAGGAAGAACGCAGGGUACUCACCGAAACCCAUCCCGCAUUUCCCACCACCAGCUCGUCCGGAAAACGUGCGCCACAGAGCUUCCGGACUGGUGCUCGGAUAUCGAGUUCGAUCAAGUGAGUCGGAUCAAUUCGGGUGUACAUAUUCGCGCAAAGCGGUUAAUAAUAAUCGUAAUAUUCGAAUUACACAAUUCCACGAUCUUAUUGUCGCCGUUAUUAUCGUUAUCGAUUGGAUCGAUUGCGCGCGGUUUCGAUUCUGGAAUACGCGAUCGGACUAUUUUCGAUUUUCAAUGUCGAAGUAUUACGGUGAUGGUUCCCAUAGGUCUGUAACAUAUGAUGAAAACGAUUCAGAAAGAUAAACAAUAGAGGAACGCUCUAUUUUCGAUCUCGCGAGACGUUUAAAACUCAUACACGUAUUAUUAUUGUCAAUAACGAAAUUGCGGAUACGCGAUUACCAAAAAAAGGAAAGGAUAAAAAGAAAAAAAAGCCGAACAGUGAAAGAGAAUCUCCCUCCAAAGGAGACUCUCGUUAAAAGUGACAACGUUUCGGUAUCGGAUAAAUUUUGCUAUUAUUCGAUUAAAAAUUUUUCAGAUUAUUUUGGAUCUCGCGGGUGGUGAUUAGACGCAGCUACGACGAUCACAACGGUGAUAAGAGUGCGUGCAGGGGGGGUGUGUGAUGCCCUGGUUAUGGUUAAGCGUGAGUGAGGUCUUCGUUGUUCAGUUGUGGAGGAGGAGGAUCGCCGGCGGCGGUGGUGGUGGCGAGAACUCGGUGGUACUCAUCCAAGUGUUCGUGAAAGAGGUGCACGAGGAACCAGUGACCGAACAGGGUCAUCCUCGAGGCAGAGCCACGUGAUUAUGGUGCACCAUCAUCAUCGUCGUCGCGGCCUUCAGGCGAGCCAUCACUGCACGGUUAGGAGGCGAGGCGCGACACCCUCGCUGCUCCAGGUGUUCUUAUUGAUACUCGGCCUCUGGUUACCGAUACUGGACAACGGUGCCCUCGUCCUGGCUUGUGGACCAGGCAGGGGUGGCGGACGACGUCCAGGUCUGAGGAAACUUACGCCUUUGGUGUUCAAGCAACAUGUGCCUAAUGUUAGCGAGAAUACGCUGCCGGCUAGUGGACUCAGCGAGGGACGUGUUUCCAGGCACGAUUCCAGAUUCAGAGAUCUCGUGCCUAACUACAACGCCGACAUCAUCUUCAAGGACGAGGAGGGUACCGGAGCGGAUCGACUGAUGACACAGAGGUGCAAGGAGAAGCUGAACACACUUGCUAUUUCGGUAAUGAAUCAGUGGCCGGGAGUGAAGUUAAGAGUGACAGAGGGAUGGGACGAGGAGGGAAAACACGCGACGGAUUCGUUACAUUACGAAGGACGUGCCGUCGACGUGACGACGAGCGAUCGGGAUCGCUCGAAAUAUGGAAUGUUAGCAAGACUCGCUGUCGAAGCUGGUUUCGAUUGGGUCUAUUACGAAUCCAGAUCGCAUAUUCACUGUUCUGUCAAAUCGGAAUCCUCAUCUGCAGCGAAAUCCGGAGGUUGUUUCCCAGGCAAGAGCCUAGUGCGAACUUCAGACGGUUCAAUGAAGAGACUCGAUCAAGUUCAACUUGGCGACCGUAUCGCGGCGCUCGAUUCUAAUGGUGACAUUGUGUAUAGCGAAGUAAUAGCCUUUCUCGACAGGUCUUUAACUGAAAGGCGACAAUUCGUUAGACUGACCACUGAAUCUGGCCAUAUACUCACUCUUACACCGGCUCAUUUGGUUCCUGUUGAGGGUAGAUCAACUGUAUUUGCCGGUAGAAUUCGAUUAGGCGAUAAGAUCUUAGUGAGAGAUCCAUCCAACGAAAUCGAAGUGCAACAUCGUCUUAGAUGGGACAAAGUGAUCGACAAUCAGCUAGUUCUCGAAGAGGGCAUCUUCGCUCCUCUGACAACUGAAGGAACGGUGUUGAUAGAUGAUGUAGUCGCUUCCUGUUACGCGUUUGUGGACAACCAGGAAAUAGCUCAUCUUGCGUUUCUGCCGUACAGACUAUGGAGCAAUAUGAGAUCCUUCUUCGAAAGGAGAAUUUUCGGCGGUGAAGAUUUAAGGUACCAAGACGCAAGGCAAAACUCCAAAACGAAGCAAGAAGGCAUCCUCUGGUACGCGUCCUUCCUUUAUUGGAUCUCUUCUUAUGUGACACCCACAAAAAUGUUAUAUCAGUGAGCUAGAUAUCACAUCAAUCGAGAACCUCUUUUUGAUUUCUUGGUCUGAACAUGUUUAAAAUAACCCUGUAGUGUUAUGUGAUCCAAAAGGAUUUGAAAAGACAGGUAUUGAAAAUUUUUAGCUAAGGAUACAGGGUUAUUAAAAAAAAAAUGAAUAUCAAGUGAUCUGAUAUCAUUUAUAAUGAAUCGUCUAUGCAAUGUAUUUACUUUGUGAUUCGUGAGAAGAAAAAUGGAAAAGACUAUUUAAAAAAAAAGAUAAGUUGAAUUUCAAGUGUUUUUUUUUUAUUUUUAUUUUACUAAUAGAAUUGAAGAAUAUAGUUGAUGCGUGAAUUAUGUCGAAGAUGUAAAAGUGACGUUUGUUUUGGCCAGUGACCCACCUCCGUUUACCGAGUGACAUGUAGUAUAAUAGAUAUUAUUGGACAAGUUAAAAUAAAGCUUUAGAAAGAAUCAAAGCUUUUCUUUUAGUAUAACGUGUGUAUAAUACAAAUAUAUAAUAUAAUUAUUGUAAUUUUUGUUUUUUUUUCUUCUCUUUCUUUCUGAGACAAACAUGGAAUGUGUGAAGUGUGUUUUUUGAGAUGGAUUUACGACAGGACUCAAUUAAGAUAGAUUACGAAGAGUUCGAUUAGCAUAAGUUCGUCAAUAAAUUACUUAUGUGUAAAACAGAUAAAACAUUUGGAAUCACUAAUGUCUUCUAAGAAAUCCAAAUACUUAACCUGUUAAUUGUGUAUAUUUCAAAAAUUUAUGAUUAAAAUUAAGACUGUAUUUAUUAUAAAAUUAAAUUAAAUUUUAAUGAUAGAAUAGAUUUUUCUUCGAAAAAUAAAUAAUUUUAUUGCUGAAAUUUCUUGACUAAAUUAGAAAAUAUAAUCUCUUUAAUAAAAUAAAAUAAAAUAAGAAAAAUUAAAUACACAAAAAAAUAAUAGAUUUUUUUUCUAAAACAACAAAAUUUAUUUAUAUUCAAAGUACUUAAAAAACUAAGUACAAAGCACUUUUGUAAAUAUUUUAUAUCUAUUAAU